CGUCAAGUUAGAUAAGAGCGUAGAAUAUUUGAUAAUGAUCGUGACGUAAAUCACCUGACUUUCAAACCUGCGUAUAGACAAGAGACAGAUUUUUUUCCUCUUCUUGUACCUUGUACAAGAUUUUUAUUAAAAAAAUUUUAAUUUCGGUAUGAUCUUUUUGUAUCUUUCCAUAAGCGUAACGUCCGAGCUGUAUUAUGUUUCCAUAUUGAUCGCGUUCAGUUAGCAACUUCUUUUAUGAAGCGCAACGAUAUGAAUAAAUACGUUAUAUAAAUUUUCUAUCCAUUCGAGCAUAUAAUUACGUGUAUCUCUCUGUGUACAUUGAACUGAAUAAAUUGGAGAAGGAAAAUUCUUUUUUUUAUUUCCUUACUAAUGUAUGUAAUAUUCCAUUCAUUACUCAUUGUUUUACUGAGCAUGUGCAAUUCAAAUUCCUGAUGAGACAUAUCUCUUUGAUGCUGACUAAGGCACAACCAUAUUGAUUAUAUUUUAUUUCAAAAAUACAAUAAAAACAGUGAAUAGAAUAUUUGGAAGAAGUUUCCUUUUACCUACAGAAAUUUAUAAUCUAUUUUUUUCUUUCAGAAUAAUUACGACCACAAUGAUUAGCCUUCUUGUGACAAAGUAUUCUGGUUUAAGUUACAUUUCACAAUUACUGCUACGAUCACAACCUGUUUUUUCCUUUCAGUAUUGUGGAUAUGUUCAUGAUGCAAAGUUAAACGUUACUAAUGGUCCUAUUGGAGCUUUGAAAGAAAAAAUAUAUAAAAAAGAAUUAAUGAAUGAUGAAUGUCAGUUAAAAGUAGUAAAAAGUUUGCAAAAAAUAUAUGAAGAAGUUCAUGAAUAUAAACCAGAUCAAUUUAAUGUAUUAGGAAAAUGGUUUGGAUGGAAAAAAAAGGAUCCACCAAAAGGGUUGUAUCUUUAUGGUGCUGUUGGUGGUGGUAAAACAAUGUUAAUGGAUCUUUUUUAUAAUUGUUGUCAGAUUCAAAGUAAGAAACGUGUACAUUUUCAUUCCUUCAUGCUUGAUGUGCACAAGAAAGUUCACGAGGUUAAGAAAACUAUAGUGAGAAAUACUAAUAGUACUAAACUUCAACCGUUUGAUCCAAUACCACCGGUAGCUGCUGCUAUUACAGAAGAAGCUUGGUUAUUAUGUUUCGAUGAAUUUCAGGUGACAGAUAUUGCAGAUGCAAUGAUAUUGAAACGAUUAUUUACUGAAUUGUUCAAUAACGGUGUGAUUGUUAUUGCAACAAGCAAUAGAUCGCCCGAUGAUUUGUACAAGAAUGGAUUACAAAGAGGAAAUUUUAUACCUUUUAUAAAAAUCUUAAAAGACCGCUGUUUCGUUGAAACAUUAGAUUCUGGUGUUGACUAUAGGUCGAGGGCUGGGUCUGGAGAUAAUAAAAUAUAUUUUAUAAAAGGGAAAGAUGUUGUAAAAGAUGUUGAUAAUGUUUUCAAAUAUCUAUGCUCAAAAGAAAAUGAUAUUGUAAGACCACGCACAAUUUCUAUAAAAGGUCGUAAUGUAAAUUUUCAAAAAACUUGUGGUAGAGUUCUGGAUUCAACAUUUGAUGAAUUAUGCGAUAGGCCUCUUGGUGCUAGUGAUUACUUGGAACUAAGUCAGAUUUUUCAUACAGUAAUAAUAAGAGAUGUUCCACAAUUAAAUCUUCGAUUAAAAUCUCAAGCAAGAAGAUUUAUUACUUUGAUCGAUACAUUAUAUGACAACAAGGUAAGAGUUGUGAUAUCUGCUGCAGUACCACAUACACAAUUAUUUGUAGCAGAAGGUGAAAGCGAAUAUACGGAUGAUAAACGAAUGUUAAUGGAUGAUUUGAAGAUUUCACAUGAUUCUGCUGAUCAUAAGUCUAACAUUUUUACUGGCGAAGAAGAACUUUUUGCUUUUGAUCGUACCAUAUCCCGAUUAUCAGAAAUGCAAACAUCUCAAUACUGGGAGCGAUGGGAACAACAUAGAUAAUGAUAGUCUCACUUUAGUACAAAUUAUUUUAGUAGUAUUUUAUAGUAUUUUAUUUUUGAUUGACUAAUUAUGGUACAAAUUGUUUUAAUAAUUCAUAUCCUUUAUAUCAAAUGACUUAAUGGUACCUGGUUUCUUAAAUAUUAUUUUAACAUUAUUAACAAAGAGCUCAAAUAGACUUGUUAAUUUAUGUAUUAUUUAUUCUUAACUUAUAAUAAUAUAUUUAUAAUAUGUAUAUAUGACUGAAUGUUACCAAGGUUGUUAAAAAGAAUAUUAAAAUGCGAUUUUUUUUUUUUUUUAUAUUAAGAGUUGCCAAUGUAUGAACAAAUUUGGAAUAGAAAUUGUUUUACGUUUUA